AUGGGUUCUUUUGACUUGAUCUCGUCGUUUGAGGUUGAAUAUGCACCUGUGAAUGUAAAGAAAUGGAAGUCCAAUAGAACUGGUCUUGAGGUCUGCUUGAUCGCGAAGGAGUCGCCCUCUGUGAGCGGAUGGUUCGCCCUGGCAACUGAGAUUUUUGACGAUAGUGGAUGUCCGCAUACUUUGGAACAUCUUGUUUUCAUGGGAUCCAAGAAGUAUCCAUACAAAGGACUGUUGGAUAUCCUAGGGAAUCUGGCAUUCAGUACUACAAAUGCUUGGACAGCCACAGAUCAGACUGUUUACACCUUAAUGACGGCAGGCUGGGAAGGUUUCAAGAUGUUACUUCCAGCAUAUUUGGACCAUAUUUUACACCCUACGCUGACUGAUGAGGCCUGCUACACUGAGGUAUAUCAUAUUGAUGGAAAGGGAAAGAAAAAGGGGUUGUUUAUUCUGAAAUGCAGGGAAUUCAAUUUGAGCCUUCUUUCGUUGCGCUUCUGGAGAAACAAAGAACCCUUUAUACAAAGUCAGCCUAUAGAUCAGAGACAGGAGGACUUGUUGAGAAUCUGCGUACCCUAA